AUGGUGGAUGUACCAACGACAUCCGAUGAAUCAAGGUAUCAUACAGCAAAUGAGAAGAUGGAAGCUCAGUUGUCUGACCAAAUUGAACCAUACCUAUUUGCAUCAUUAUUUCAAAGUCAUGUUCUUCCAGUUCGUUUAAAAAUACUUUAUGAUACAGUUUUAGACAGGUUAUCAUUAAAAAAGAAAUUAGCUUUAUUGAAAACUUUUGGGUGGACCCUGGAAGAUUAUGAAAGAGGAUAUAUUAAAGAAGUGAUAAAAAUAAAUGAACCAAUAAUAAAUAUUAAUAUACCAACAUUACAAAAUGAACUUCAUACAAUGCAACGAUUUGGUGUUGAUUUUAAUCAUGCCUCAACAUUAAUUGAACAAUUUAAAAAUAGUUUUAUGCCAAGUAUUUUUCAAAAUUGUAAUCCUAAUCAAAAUAAUAUUAAUAUUAUUAAACAAACAAUAGAAUGUUUUAAGAAACAAGAUAAUGAUAAUGGUUCUGUUGGGACAAGUAUUUCAAAUAAAUCUGAUCAUAUUAUUAAUUCUAAAAAUAUUGAUACACUUCCACUUUUAUCACCAUUGUCAAAUUCAUCUGGUACAAUAGUUGAUGGAAAUAGUAAUAUACAACUUCAAAUAUCAAAUAAUAUUAUUAAUGAUAUUUCAAAGGUUAAAACAUCUACAAAUGAUGAGAUCAAAGGUGAUAGUAAUAAAAUAAAUGAUAAUCGUAUAAAUCGUGGAACAUCAUAUGGAAAAAGUAAUAAAAAAAGAGUACAAUGUUUACAAUGCCUAAAGACAUUCUGUGAUAAGGGAGCAUUAAAAAUUCAUACAUCAGCUGUUCAUCUUAAAGAGAUGCAUAAAUGUACAGUUAAUGGUUGUGCUAUGAUGUUUUCAUCAAGAAGAUCAAGAAAUAGACAUUCAGCAAAUCCAAAUCCAAAAUUGCAUAUUAAUACAGCAAUACAUCCUAGAUCAGUUAUGCAAAUGGUAACACCACGUCUAUCAAUACCAAAAAAUAUAUCUAUGAAUGGUAAUAAAAAAUUUAAAAAUCAUAAAAUUUCAAAUUUUACAAAUUCAAUGGACACCUCAAGUAAUAUUUCUCUUUUAAAUGUUCCAUCAACAGAUUUAUUUUUACAAACACAUCUUAAAAAUAAUAAUAAUAGUAAUAAUGAUAAUAUAAAACAACAAGAUAAAAUUAUGACACCAGAAGCAUCACCAAAAGAAAAUAAACCAGAUUUACUUUAUCAUCAAUCAUUAACUAAUACAUAUAAUAAUGGAGGAAUAUUUGGUAAUAUUAAUAAUAUAUUUUUACCAUCAACAAAUUUUCUUAAUUUUAAACAUUCAAUAGAAAGUCCAUUACAUCACCAGGGAGGAGGAAUACUUUCUCAUCAAUCUAUCACUCCAUUAUCAACAAUCAUUCCACAACCAUCAACUACAACAUCAUCAACAACAACAAAUAAUAUUUUUACUAAUCUUCAGAAAGCAGAAGAAUUACGGAAAGUUCUUGUUGGUAAUAAUCAAAUAAUAGAUGGGACAGGUACCAAUAAAACUAUUAAUAUUGAGGGAAGAGAAAAUUUAGUUGAUUUAAUGAGAAGACUUCAAUAUACCUCUUUACAAAGUGAAAUGUUCAAGCAAUAA